UUGUCCAAAAAACUACUUUGUCCACUAAAACUACCAAAAUUCCUCGCAGUUUGCGAAUAUCUUAGGUAUUUAUGUACGCUCGCACUGCUACCGAGGUUAAAGCGCGAAUCUCUAAUAGAAUAUAAAAUGUUAAAUAAGCAUUUGCAUUUGUUCGAUGCUGAUGUGGCUUAACGGUAAUAAUCCAGCUUCAAAAAUGGGCGCUCGUCUAAGAAACCAUUCCUAUUUGUGCGAUGAUCAGAAGAACAUAUCAGACUUCUAUGACCAAGCAAAAGUCUUCAUUACAGGAGCGACAGGCUUUGUUGGGAAGGCGCUAGUAGAAAAGUUGCUCAGGUCGUGCCCAAAAGUCGACGCCAUCUUCAUUUUAAUGAGGCCGAAAAAAGGAAUUCAGGUUGAACAGAGGCUGAAAGAACUGUUAAAAAAUCCCGUAUUUAAUAGAAUACGAGAUAAGGAUCCUGAUGCUUUCGAAAAGGUGAAAGUCAUUCCGGGGGAUGUGGCUCUUCCAAAUCUAGGUCUAUGUGAAGAGGACAGAAAAUUCCUCGUUGAUAAUAUCGACAUUGUCUUUCAUUCUGCUGCUACAGUGAAGUUUAAUGAAAAUUUGAAAACCGCAGUGAUUUUGAAUACUUUAGGAACUAAGAAGAUAUUGGAGUUAUGUCAAAACAUGAAAAAGCUCAAGAGCUGCGUUCAUGUAUCUACCGCUUUUUCAAAUUCCGACAAGCGGGUAGUUGAAGAAAAGGUCUACAAGCCCACAUACGACGCUCAUGCUGUUAUCAACUUGAUUGAAAACCUUCCGGAUGAAGUAGUGGAAAGCUUGUCGCCUAAGUUAAUGGACAAACAUCCGAACACCUACACAUUUGCCAAGGCCCUAGCUGAGCAACUGGUACUCGAAUAUUCGCAUGAAAUUCCAACUGCUAUAGUACGACCAUCUAUUAUUACAGCGGCUUGGAAAGAGCCUUACCCUGGAUGGGUGGACAAUUUGAGCGGAAUCACCGGAAUAGUCAUGGAAUGCGGAAGAGGCACCAUAAAAUCUAUAAUCUGCAAUGAGCGAUGUCGCAUGGAUUUAGUUCCGGUUGAUAUUGUGGUCAACACUUUGAUAACCAGCGCUUGGCAUACAGUGGCGCAUAAAUCAAACUCCCUGCGAGUGUAUAACUGUACAAGUGGAAGAUUGAACCCAGUAACUUGGAAACAAUUUGGAGAAUUCACUCACAAACACAGCUAUCAGUGGCCAAGCAAGUACGUGACCUGGUAUCCAGAGUUCAGCUACACUACCAACCGGACCGUCCAUUCCAUUUACACCACCCUGUAUCAUAACCUACCAUCAGUACUUUUGGAUGUGUUUUUAUAUUGCACGGGGAAAAAGACUAUGAUGCUGAAGUUGUCACGCAGAUUGAACCAAUCCUUAGAAGCUGGAAGCUUUUUCUCAACAAACGAGUGGGAGUUUGGCUCAGCCUCUUACAAAGAACUGAUAGCAGCAGUUGAAGACGCAGGCGAUGGUUCAGAGUUCUCGGUUGAUCUCACUUUGGGCAAAGGCUUUGACUGGGAAACUUAUGUGGGAGAGUUCCUGAAAGGAGUUAGGACGUACAUUUUGAAAGACGACCUCAUCAGUCUACCGGCAGCUAAAAAGAAGCUCCACAGAUUGUACUGGUUCAAACAGAUCAGCCAGUCCUUGCCCUACAUUGUGAUUUUCCAAAUGGCUCGCUACACUUUCCAAAUGAAAAUGUUGUCUCAGACCAUCCAGAACUUGCCAUGGAACGACACGAUCAAUACCACCAGUCUUCAUUGAAUUUGACUUGAUAAUUUUCAAUAAUGUUACUUUGCUUCAAUCGUGUCCAAUUGCGCUUUAAUCCGCGACUAUUUCUAACCAGAAUAUUUAAGUUAUUUAUUAAUUAUAGUAUUAGCAUUAGUAGAUAUUAGUAUUUUACUGCGAAGAUUCUUUGCAAGUGCUUGAUGAAACAGGCAUUUCUAAUAAGAUUCUAAUAAUGCAAGAACAUGUUUCAGCAGUUUUGAGUGCAACUGCUAAUUGAUCUUGGUCGCUUGAUUUUCGUUCUUAUUUUAUAUGUUGAAAACAUCUGAACGUAGAAGCUCAGGUGACUCCGUUUCUGUAAAUGAACGCAAGACUUUUCAUCAAUAGUUAAAUAAAACGAAGAAAAGUGGUUUUUCAAGUGAUAACUCAGUCAUAAAUUCAUGCCACAGGAAUUGUGCUUUUCCCAAAAACAAAAAAAUGUUACACAAGUAUGAUUCGCAGUUAUGAAGAAUUUUGUGCUUUUACUGCUUUGCAACUAAUCUAACAAUUAAAGUGCAAGUUUUUUGUAAAUGUGACACUGGAAUCCAGUUAAAAUACAUUUCUUUAGGUUAAGAGAAACCGAAAUUGAGAAACUUGCCGAGCAGGGAAAACGAAAUAUAUAGAGUGUUCGAACGAAAUAUAUAGUUGUUUUGAAACUUAUUUUUGUAAUACUCAUUGAUGUCUAUUGUAAUGAAAACCGACUUAAAAAAUAUUGAAAAUUGUUUUUGUGCCUGACUCGACUGGUAUAGCGUGCUGUAUAUUUCAUACUUUUCACAUUUUCAAGUAUUUACAGAUUUAGUAAUAAUAUACGUAAUUUAGGAUUGCAUCACUCUUUUAUAAUAAAGGACAAUAAUAAAGGAGUUUUCUUUCAUAUAUACGAACUGAUCCACGUUAUAUAAACUGCUAUGUCAUGUUUUGCAUGUAUGAUAAUUUAGGAUUGUAUCAGUCUUUUAUAAUAAAGGACAAUAAUAAAGGA